AGUGUCACUCAUCCAUAAGAAACCACGUUCUGUUGCAGUAUACUAGCACAUAGUUUUAGUUUCUUUACCUGGCAACUUUAUCUGGAACUUGUUUAACAAGUACUUGUCUCUUGAACAACACAAAAGGGUAACUAACAAAACCUAUAUAUACAUAGUACAUCUUUCCUAACUGUAAUAAGAUCACACAGUUUUCAUUACAGAAAAGAAUAGUAAAUCAAGUAAUUUAGCCUCUGAGGAUAUGGACAGUGAGGGAAAGAUUGUGUUUACAGAAGAGCAAGAGGCUCUUGUGUUGAAGUCAUGGAGUGUCAUGAAGAAAAAUUCAGCUGAUUUGGGUCUCAAACUCUUCAUCAAGAUCUUUGAGAUUGCACCAACAGCGAAGAAGUUGUUCUCCUUUUUGAGAGACUCACCAAUCCCUGCUGAGCAAAACCCAAAGCUCAAGCCUCAUGCCAUGUCUGUUUUUGUCAUGUGUUGUGAGUCAGCAGCACAGCUGAGAAAAACAGGAAAAGUCACAGUGAAGGAGACAACUUUGAAGAGGCUAGGAGCCAAUCAUUCUAAAUACGGUGUCGUUGAUGAACACUUUGAGGUGACCAAGUAUGCAUUGUUGGAGACAAUAAAGGAGGCGGUGCCAGAGAUGUGGUCACCGGAAAUGAAAUCUGCUUGGGGUCAGGCUUAUGAUCACCUUGUUGCGGCCAUUAAAGCUGAAAUGAAGCCUUCUCCUUAAUAUAUAUCUUAAUAUAAUAAGCAAAAAUGUCUACUUAUUACAAAACUUGUUGUCAAAUUUUGAAUAUGUGUUGUUUGUAUCCAGUUUGGUUUUGCUUAAAUAAGUGUGGAUUGCAAUUCCACAUUACGUUUCAGUCUUUUUCUUUUCUUAUUUUACUGUUUGAUACUAUCUUAUAUAAUAAAAGAGACUUCUCUCUCACCUCAGUCCUCCACCUCAUCAUUUAGAAUAGGGCAAAUUACUCCACGUGGCAUCUUCUCUUUCUGCUGCUCUUUUUCUCAUCAACCGAAAACUUAUGGGCUUACUGAUUUGUUGACAUUUAGAGCAAGGCAUGGUCUUUGUAUGGACUUCAGAGCUAUCAUUUUGUUCAGGCCCAAUAUUAUUAAGGUAUGAAUCUAGAAAGCAUCGUUUCCCUUCUCUUCAGACGAUACCGCCUAUAAAAAAAUUUCAGUAACGGCUUGAGUUUCCAUUUAUAUGCUCCUUAACUCCGUGCAUUUAUGGAAAUUAAUCAACCUCUCCAUCUUCCAAAGUAACCAGUGGAAAUUCUCUUAUAAAUCGGCAAACUCCCUGCGAUGAACAGCACUGCGAAAUCGAGAAGAACGAUCUUCAACAAUAGUGUAUUGAUUCAUCAUGCUUGCCGGGCUCAAGCUGGCUUCUGUUCAAACCUAUAAAGAGAUGUUUGUCUCUCUCACGUUCAUCCACGUCACCCUCCACGUAUGAAAAUAGAGCAUCCUCCAGCCAACACGUGUCCAUGCGAAAGAAACGCUCCGUUUCAUUUAUUUGUGUAUGCAAUACAUGUGGGCUUUAGUGUGUAUUUGGGCUUAAUGAAUCCAAUCCGGAUAAAGAAACUCCAACUUUUAUGGAAACGCGUCGUUUCUGAUUUAGGGUAACACGUUCUUCAUUUCCCCCAUUCGAGAGCUAAUCUCAACCUAAGGUUUCUCUGGUGCUGUUUCAUCUUCUUCAUAACAAUCCUAGAAACUAUCAGUUACAAAUUCAUCCUCUUAAAUCCACCACCCACGAUCUACCUUGAAUGAGAUCUUCACGUAAGGCUGUGGAAUUACAACUAUAAAAAGAUUUGAAGACCGGACGAGUACGGCACAGUAGGAGGAGGAAAGCGGUAGCGACAGAGGAGAGGAGGAUCAAGGCAAUUAGGGACCAGCCGUGUCCGGUUUGAAUCCAGUUGUUUAUUGCAACAUUCAUUCCAGUGUUCAUGUCUUCCCACUUAUAAGUGACUGGGUUCUAUUUUUUACUUUGAUUUCACUUGGUGUAAUCAGAACUUUUGACUGUAGACUCUCUUCAAUUGAUGCGGUCCAGUGAUGAACCCGGCUUGAUGAGUUAACCGAACCGAUUACACCCAUUCCUGAAGAACACUUCGGGUUCCGUAAUCACAGUGAACUGCUUGGCCUAAUCAACACCAAUACCUUGACAAAGUCUUAUUUUGUUUCUUGAUGAGCUACUGCUCAAAAUCUUGAAUCUUUUUUUUUGUUUAGGUUAAUGUAUGAACUCCAAGAGUUUCUGAAACAAGCGUGAGGAGAACAGCAGGUAAAGCUUGCUCGACAAAGAAACCAUAUUUUCUUAAAUCAAGUCUUUCUAAAAAAAUUUUGGAUAGUUUUGCUCAAAUUCAUCGUCAAAGAAGAUAGUAAAGCUUAUAACUUGCAAUCUUCUUUUUUUUUGAAACAGUUUCUUUCUGGAUAUAAUCUUCUUAAUGAGAUUUAUAUACAUUUGAUAGUUUGAGGAAGGAAUGGUAGUUUAUUGGAUUGUUGAAGAUGGCUGUCAAUGAAGGUAUUAACUUAGCUAUCAGACUUGGUGUGAAGUGAUCCUUAUGUUGUCUUCAAUCUAGGGAAGCAAGUAAGUGUAUCUCUUUGUGACUGUUUACUAACCUGCAUCUAUAGACUCUUUGUGGAUCUUAAAAGCUAUUGUCAUAAUUUGCUGAUUGUUCAGAAACUUCAAACAGCAAUUGUGAAUAGUAAUUUGAACCCGUAUGGAAUCAAGAACUUAUGAUGUCUGUUCCUAAGAGCUAUGGUCAUGUAAAACUGGAAAGCCUAUUAAUCUAAGCACUUUUGCUAUUGACAAAAGUUGUUAUAUAUUAUAUCUUAUGGGUUUCUCUGUUGAUUGCAGCAAGUUGAUAUCCAGCCUCUGAUACAUUCUCUGCUGAUGACAAAAUGUGAGAAGCUCAACUUGAUAUCCAGCCUCUGCUGAUGACAUCAAUUAUGAUACAUUCUCUGCUGAUGACAUAAUGGGAGAAACUCAACUUGAUAUCCAGCCUCUGAUAACAUCUGCAAUGGCGUUUGAGGAUCCAUAGAUGUUUGGGGAUAUGCAGAUUGGGAAAUGUCUAAAGUUGCAUGAUAAUCUGCCAAUAGAUGACAGCAUCAUUAACAUUGUUGAUGGGAAAGUGAAGCAUGCAUGAGGUUUAGAUCAAGCUUCAAGAUGUAGAGUCUGUAGAAUUCGAGAUGGAAAUGGAAUGGCUACCACUCGACCAAUAAUACUAAUACCAGUAGGUUCCACUUUAUAAACUUACACUUUUUGCAAUACAUACAUUCCUUUUUUUUUUUGUUGAAACAUUUUUAGAUCUCUCAUUUCCUUACACAAAAAUGUAUGUUUGUAAUA